AUGCCACCACCGUCGCCCCCGCUAUCCCUGACGGCGGUAACACCGCAGGCAGCCACCGACGGUUCAGGUGAUAGCUCCCCAAUCGCGCACCCCCAUAACCAUCAUCAUCUUCAUCAGCAUCAGCAACAUCAUCAUCUGUCCCAUCAGUCGCUGGCUGCGUCACCAAUUUUCUCGCAUCCAAGAGCGGCGAGACAGCAACAGUAUCCAGAACAGCUAUAUCCGCACCAUCAAUACCAUCGCCAUCAGUAUCCAACUCAUCAGCAGCAUCAGCUCCAGCAGUCACAACACCAGCAACAACAGCAACAGCAGCAACAACAGCAGUACCAUCAGCAGCUAGCCUUCUCAACCUCCUUCACCUCGGUCACACCGCCGGACCUGGAGCUGGCCGGGGACGUCGUACUGCACGGCGGUUCGAACGCUACCUCACCUACAUCUGCCGCCAUGACGGCACUGUUCGUCGUCAAGGGACAACUGGCGGCGCACGAGUACGGCACAGUGGGACGGGGAUGA